GAUGUGUUUGAGGAUGUAGCGUCACAGCACUAACCCGGUUUAGUUAGCCUGUUUUAGCCUGUUAGCAUUGUAUAUACCAAAAACAACGACCGUGAUAAUAAUAGAAAUUAUAGUGUUUACUGUUGAAAAUAACAAUACACAGGGGAUCAUGGGGACCGGUGCUGAUGUGAGAGACAUUUUGGAGUUGGCAGGAGGAGACGCUGAUUCAGGACCAAUCAGCAAGAAGGACAUCAUCAACUCUGACAAGAAAAAGGUGAAGAAAAGCACAGAGACUCUGACGUUUAAGAGGCCUGAGGGAAUGCACAGAGAAGUCUACGCUCUGCUCUACUCCGAUAAAAAGGAUGCUCCCCCUCUGUUACCUAGCGACACCACGCAGGGUUACCGGACAGUGAAGGCCAAGCUGGGCUGUAAAAAGGUUCGUCCUUGGAAGUGGAUGCCCUUCACCAACCCGGCUCGUAAAGACGGAGCCAUCUUCCACCACUGGAGACGAGCGGUGGAGGAGGGCAAGGACUACCCCUUCGCUCGCUUUAAUAAGACAGUACAGGUACCAGUGUACUCAGAGCAGGAAUACCAGAUGUACCUGCACGACGACGGCUGGACUAAAUCCGAGACGGAUCACCUUUUUGACCUUUGCAAGCGUUUUGACCUCCGAUUCAUCGUCAUCCACGACCGCUACGACCACCAGCAGUACAGAAAACGUUCUGUGGAGGAUCUGAAAGAACGUUAUUACAACAUUUGCGGGAAGCUGACAAAGGUCCGUGCUCCGACCGGCACCGAGCCUAAAGUUUACAUCUUCGAUGCCGGACACGAGAGACGCAGGAAGGACCAGCUGGAGAGACUGUUUAACCGCACACCUGAACAGGUGGCGGAGGAAGAGUACCUGAUCCAGGAGCUUAGAAAGAUUGAGACACGAAAGAAGGAAAGGGAGAAGAAAGCUCAGGACCUGCAGAAGCUGAUAACGGCGGCCGACAGCACGACGGAGAUGCGCCGGGGUGACCGCAAGGCCACAAAGAAGAAACCCCCGCAGAAACGAGAGGCGGAGAAACCAGCCGUACCUGAAACAGCAGGAAUCAAAUUCCCUGACUUUAAAUCGGCCGGAGUGUCGCUGCGAAGCCAGAGGAUGAAGUUACCGAGUUCUGUAGGACAGAAGAAGAUCAAAGCCAUUGAGCAAAUCCUCACAGAGCAAGGAGUGGACCUGAACCCCAUGCCCACAGAAGAGAUAGUGGCGAUGUUUAACGAGCUGCGCAGCGACCUGGUCCUGGUGUACGAGCUGAAGCAGGCGCACAGUAACUGCGAGUACGAGCAGCAGAUGCUGAGACACCGAUACGACGCUCUGCUCAAAGCCGGGGGCGUGGCCACACCCCACAGCGACGUCCCCACCGGGCCUGACUUGCAGAACUGGGCCGGAGUGGACGAAAUCAAAACCGAACCCAAAGAACAGAUCAUUGAUGUGGUGGGAGCGCCGCUCACACCCAACUCGCGCAAACGCAGAGAGUCGGCCUCCAGCUCCUCCUCCGUGAAGAAGAUAAAGAAACCAUGAUGUGGCUCACUUUCUCACAGAGACACAAAGACCUCGAGGACGUCCUCAUGGCGAUGUUCAGACCGGAUGUCCGGAUGUUCGUCAGGGCAUCUGUCCAAACUGCAGCUUUUUUAUUUGCAUUUUUUAAGAUCUGAACUGUUCUCCUUGCGAAGCCUUGCUGCUCCUUGUCGUCCUUAUGUCCAUCAUCUUCUGCUCAAAAACAGCAAAUGUGAAUCGCUUUAGAAAACUUACCGUUCAAGAACUGAAGGAAGAAAGAGGAGGGUUUUUUUUUUUUUUUUCUUCGAGAUAUAAUUAAAACCCAUAUCAGUUUGGGUGUUACACUGUACGGUGCGUGUUGACGUCCUGCGACUUUCUGGUCUUUUCAAAACACUUGCCUCAUUUUCACUCAGUUUUGAUUCCUCCGUACAGGAUGGAGAAAAUGACUGCGAAAAAGGUCUGCCUGUGGCAACCUUGUCGAAAAACUGAGCUCCUGAUCAGCUGUAAUAAACGUGCAGUAUAUUUUCUUUAUAUAUUUAAAUGUUUUUGAUCAUUUUUUUCUUGUAGUUCUAUCUACGUUCCAUUGAUGUCCCAAACGUGCAUUCACACGUCUUUUACUUUUAUUCAGUGUGUGUGUCAGCGGCCUGUUUUUAUAAUGGGUGAUGAAAAAAGCGUAGAGGGGUAAAGUUCAUUUCCUACACGUGAAUCACACAGUACGUUUACUCGUUCAUAACGAUUGCAAGGGAGCGAAAGAAAAAGUGUCUCAAAAAAGGCAAACUUGAAUGCUGACUGUUAUUACAUGUAAUAAUUGUGUAACUACAGUAUAACGUUAAAAAGGUCCAGCAUUCUAGUGUGUAAAUAUCAUGAUGUUUGAAGACGUUUCAGUAACACAGGGUCAUUUAAUAACCACAGCAGCCGGAAAAUAGUGUUGCGCGACGAGUGUUUGAAAAGUAAACAACAUACAAAAUUGUGCGAUUUAACAAUUCCGAAGACGCAACAGCUCGCAGGAUAUAUUGUUGAUUUCUCUGAAAAUUGUUUCAUCAUCGUUCGGCGGAUCAUGUUUCUUCACUGUAUUUGCCCCAGUUCCGCACUGUGCUGCUGUGUGUUUUUACUUUAAAACACAAAACUGAAUUAAAGUUGAUGCGAUCUUCA